AAGAAAACAGAGAAGAAGAAAACCUGUCGGUUUAGUUCCUGGCAGCAUAAAGUCAAGAAUCCUUCUCUUUUUCCUGAGUGUUGUUGUUCUUAUCUUUAAGCUUCACGGUCGCUUUAUUCGACCAACAUGUUUAAAGGUUUCGGGUCGUGGUUGGGGUUGGAGAACCAGACGUACAGCAAGACGUCGGACGACCAAGAAGCCCUGACAGUGGAGCAGGAAGAAAAGGUGGUGGAGGCACAAAACGAAGUAAACAAACAGCAAGCAGCUGACCAUGGAGAACCAGAGGCCAACCAAGAAGACUCUGUGCACGAAAAAGGACUCAGCGAUUACAUCUUCAGUUUUGCCUCCAGUGCCACCAAGAAGAUCUCGGAGUCUGUGGUGGAGACGGCUCAGACCAUCAAGAAGAGUGUGGAAGAGGGGAAGAUCGACGGCAUCAUAGACAAGACUUUCCUAGGAGACUUUCAAAAAGAGCAGGAGAAGUUCGUCCAAGAGAAGAAGUCCAAAAAAUCAGAUGCAGCGGUGCCUCCCUGGGUCGGCUACAAUGAGGAGGAGACAAUCCAGCAGCAGAUCCUCGCUUUGUCCGCUGACAAGAGGAACUUCCUGCGCGACCCUCCCGCUGGAGUUCAGUUCCACUUCGAGAUGGAGCAGAUGUAUCCCAUGGCUGCAGUGAUGCUGGAGGAAGACCAGCUACUCAACCGCAUGCGCUUCGACCUGGUGCCUAAACAUGUGAAGGAGGAGGCUUUCUGGAGGAAUUAUUUCUACCGGGUGUCUCUGGUCAAACAGUCGGCCCAGCUCACAGCGCUGGCAGCGCAGCAGCAGCAGAAGGACGGUGAGGACCGAGGGGCCGGGGUCUCACCUGAGGACGUCGUCUUAACAGACAACGCCAGACCAAAAACUCCACCAGUUUCCAUCAAAAACACACAGGAGUGGGUUGUCUUCUCUUACUCUCAGCCAGCACACGAGGAAGAGGAGGAGAUGUCGAUGAGUCCCGGGGUGUCCGAGUUUGUGAGCGACGCUUUCGACUCGACAGGCAUCGACCAGGAGGACCUGCGGAAAGAGAUGGAGCAGCUGGUGCUGGACAAGAAGGACAGCCCCCAGUCCCUCGAUGAAGAGACAGCGGACUGGGAGAAGGAGCUGCAGCAGGAGCUCCAGGAGUACGAGGUGGUGUCAGAGUCAGAAAACAGAGACGAGCAGUGGGAUCAGGAGAUCGAGAAGAUGCUCCAGGCCGACGAAAGCUAGACCAAUCCCACGAGUCUGUGUCCUGUUCGGUGAUCUGGCCAGCAAUGGAGGAAUAAGUGACCGUUGCUGCACGGGGGGGGGAUGAACUUCUACACUCUGCUCCAGCCAACUGUGAUUACUAUGUUGUAAACAUCCUUUUCCACCUAAUGAAGGUGUAGAUCCUAUAAAGUGCAAGAGAGUGUCACCUCUGCAGGAAACAGUGCAGGCAUUCGUAGUAAGUGCUUCUUCACUUCUCCUUCCUACCUUACUUUUAUCUACUCACUUUCCUCAACUUUCCUUUUUUUUGUCAAGGAAAAUCCGCUAGAGGGCGCUCCAGUACAACGUUUUUAUAAUGGAGGGUGUUGCUUAAAAAGACAAAACGUGUAUUUCGGUUUCCGCAGCGUCUUUCUGGGUGGGUUGUACAGCAAGAUCUUGGUAGAGUUAUAGUACAGUAAAGUCAAAUGUAAAGUUACAUGUCUGUAAAUAUAGAGGAUUCUAAUACUAUAGUCAAGAUGCAUUCCCCAUCAUUACAUCUGCUUAUUUUACAUUUUGUAUGGCCUACUCCUGUGUGUAUGUCUGCUUUUCUUUGUUUCUCUGCAAGUGAAAUACUGCACAUGUAUUAAAUGUCAUCCUUUAAUAAACUUAAAUCUAUUAUUAUGAAAUAAA